CCCAUGCCUCUCUGGUUUCCGGUGCCGUCACGGGACCGAGCAGUCGGUGACAGCCCCGAGGGCCCCGUGCCGGGCGCCCAUGGCCGAACCGGACCCCUCUGACCCUCUGGAGACCCAGGCAGGGAAGGUGCAGGAGGCCCAGGACUCAGAUUCAGACACUGAGGGAGGAGCAGCCGGUGGAGAGGAAGAGAUGGACUUCCUGCGGAAUCUCUUCUCCCAGACCCUGGGCCUGGGCUCCAAGAAGGAGCGUCUGCUGGAUGAGCUCACCCUGGAAGGGGUGGCUCGCUACAUGCAGAGCGAGCGCUGUCGCAAGGUCAUCUGUUUGGUGGGAGCAGGAAUCUCCACAUCCGCGGGCAUCCCUGACUUCCGUUCUCCAACCACGGGCCUGUAUGCCAACCUGGAGAAGUACCAUCUUCCUUACCCGGAGGCCAUCUUUGAAAUUGGCUACUUCAAGAAACAUCCAGAACCCUUCUUUGCCCUCACCAAGGAGCUAUAUCCAGGGCAGUUCAAGCCAACCAUCUGCCACUACUUCAUCCGCCUGCUGAAGGAGAAGGGACAGCUCCUGCGCUGCUACACGCAGAACAUUGACACCCUGGAGCGAGUAGCCGGGUUGGAGCCCGAGGACCUGGUGGAGGCCCAUGGUACUUUCCAUACGUCACACUGCGUCAACGCCGUCUGCCGGCAGGAGUAUGGGCUGAGCUGGAUGAAAGAAAAGAUCUUCUCAGAAGAAAUCCCCAAAUGCGAGAAAUGUCAAAGUGUGGUCAAGCCUGACAUCAUAUUUUUUGGUGAGAACCUCCCAGCACGCUUCUUCUCCUGCAUGCAGUCGGACUUCAUCAAGGCUGAUCUUCUCAUCAUCAUGGGCACCUCCCUGCAGGUGCAGCCCUUCGCCUCCCUCAUUGGCAAGGCAUCGCUCUCCACCCCACGCCUGCUCAUCAACAAAGAAAAGACGGGCCAGACAGACCCCUUCCUAGGGAUGAUGAUGGGCCUGGGCGGAGGCAUGGAUUUUGACUCCAAGAAAGCCUACAGGGAUGUGGCCUGGCUGGGUGACUGUGACCAGGGCUGCCUGGCGCUCGCUGACCUCCUGGGGUGGAAGAAGGAUCUAGAAGACCUGGUCCGGAGGGAACAUGCCAGCAUAGAUGCCCAGUCGGGGUCAGGGACCCCCAACCCCAACCCUACUUCUCCCAGGAAGUCACCACUUCCUGCCAAGGAUGGGGACAAGACCACAGGGAAGGAGGGGCCCCAGUGAUGGACACCAGCCCCCAAACCAGCACAGCCCCUCCAACCUGCAGCUUAGGUCUGCAGGACUCAGCACACCCCCUUAGUCUCUUAACCACCACUCAAAACUGGGGUUCCCAGCUGUCUCCACUUCAUCCUGGCCAGUCUCUAACACCCACAAUCGCUAACCACCCCCAUAAGGAACAGCCUCCCUUAAUCUCUAACCAUUUCCAGGGGUCAGGGGGACCCCCCCAACUUCUAACUGUUCCAGGACAGAGGGCUGAGGAAUCCUCCCACUCUACUCUUCCCAGGGACUGGUAGCCAAGUAAACCAAUGCAAAUUUACCCCGGUUUUCUCAGGGGUGGGGGGCUCUGAGCCUAAAGGGCUCCCCAGUGGCUGCCUCCAGUUCUCAAAGUGGGUGCUGGGCCCCCCUUCUCCCUUGGGACCCAACUGCCACGUGGGGAUGGGCAGAAGAUACUGCUUAUUGGAGAUAAAUUAAAAAGCGAAAGAACUAAG